AGACACAAGUACAAUUUCCUCAGUCCUGAACACAGCAGAAUGAGAAUUAUGGACUGGCAGUGUUAAGGUGAUUGGUGUGACAGGGGUCAAACUGGGAAAACAUUGGGGAAUUCCUCAGUUUGUCUCUUUGCCAAACUCACCCAAACCUCUGCUAGGAAGAGAUGGACUGGAAAAGUUGAGGCAGAAAUGGAAUUGAAAACUGGGGCUCUUGACACUGUAAUUGCUGAAACUAAAUGUGUCCAAGCAGCAGCUCUUGUUGUGCAGGGAAUAACUCCUGUCAGCAGCAAGGCCCUGACUGAAGUGGCAGCUGCAGUUGUUCCUGUGGUGUGGGCCAGUGGAGCUGCAGGAGAGUGGAAGAGGGCAGAACCUGUAGGUAUUACCCCUGAUGUGGGAUCUCUAUGGGUAAGGCCAACCCAGUAUCCUUUAAAAUCAGAAUGCCAGACUGGAUUGGUUGCAGGAACAGCUAAAUUGGCUCCUCCUGGUUUGCUUGUAGGACGUGAAUGCAAGAACCUGCCAAGAAAACCAGUGGACAAGAUGAUUGAUUAGUGCAGGACCUGAGAGAAGCACCUUGAAUGACAACCUGGAGGAGUUUCCAGUAUUGGAUUUAAAAGAUGGCCUUUGCAUCUCCUUGAGCAAGGAAAGCCAAGAAAGCUUUGCUUUUGCAGGAGAAAAUGGGGCAAGCAGGCAGGAAGAAGAGAAGCCCCGUGACUCCUCCCUGAGCCCCAGACAGCCCAUGAACUGCCUUGCUGGGAAUGGUGGGACGGGCUGGACUCUGCAUUGCUCCCUCGGGAUGUGUGGAACUGCAGGAACUCCUGGUGCCGCCUGGGCCGAUGGAUUGGACGCCCCAGCCCCUCCGUUCCUGCCCGGCCACUGGGGCCGUGUCCAGUGGUGGCACUGCCAGCCCUGCAGGUGAAGUGGGAAGGGCCUUUGCAGGUCUGGUGGGUCACAUUUAUAGCAGUGGGAUGGAGCCUGGAAAGUGCACAGAGCUGAGCCCAGGGAUUGAAAGGGACCAAGCAAGGGAGGUGAAGAAAGAAGGAAGAAGGGAAGUGAGGCAGCAGGCAAGCAGCACCAAGUUGCUGUGUAAGCAGAAAGUGCAUGGAGCUGAGCCAAGGAACUUAAAGGGACUGAGCAAGCAAAGUCAAGAAAGAAUGAAGAAGGGAACUGAGGCAGCAGCCAAGCAGCACCAAGCUCCUCUACAACCAGGAGAAAAUGGGGCAAGCGGGCAGGAAGAAGAGAAGCCCCGUGACUCCUCCCUGAGCCCCAGACAGCCCAUGAACUGCCUUGCUGGGAAUGGUGGGACGGGCUGGACUCUGCAUUGCUCCCUCGGGAUGUGUGGAACUGCAGGAACUCCUGGUGCCGCCUGGGCCGAUGGAUUGGACGCCCCAGCCCCUCCGUUCCUGCCCGGCCACUGGGGCCGUGUCCAGUGGUGGCACUGCCAGCCCUGCAGUGGGAUGGAGCCUGGAAAGUGCACAGAGCUGAGCCCAGGGAUUGAAAGGGACCAAGCAAGGGAGGUGAAGAAAGAAGGAAGAAGGGAAGUGAGGCAGCAGGCAAGCAGCACCAAGUUGCUGUGUAAGCAGAGUUGAUGUGACUGACUUCUUUUUGAAAUGCAGCAGUGCUCUCAAGGAUAUUUCCCCCGCACUCCUGGGCUUGUGCAGGGCUGUUGAGUCCGUGUGUGCCACUGUUCUUGUCCCAGGGGGACCGAGUGACAUUUGGAACCAAACCUGGGGACUUGAACUCUAGGAAUGUUUCUGUGUCUUUGAAUUUUAAAUUGCACAUGAAGCAGAAAUAUGUUUGUGUUUUCCAGGUUAUAUUGUCAUGAAAAUAGAAAUGCAUCAUUGGAUCUUACUCCUCUGAGGGCAAACCACCAGACUGAUCAUUUCUUAGUCCAUCAGACCCAGUGCCAGGAACUCAGAGGGGUGUUUGUGUGCAAAUGUGCUGAGUGGUGGUGGCCCCCGUGAGACUGUGACCAGCUGGAAAUGUGUGUGUGUGUGUGUGCAGAGCUGGGCUGGAUCCCUUGGGAUUUGGCUCCCAGAUCCCCCCCAGCCUUCAGGAAAACCAGAGGCCACCGAACCCUGAGGGAAGGGAGUCCCAUUUGCAGAAGGGUUUGUAGAUUGGGGAAAAGCUCUCCAGAACAAAGCCUGUGUUCCAAACCCCUUCAGGCCAAAGUCAAGGAGCACAAACCCUGGAGUCAUCAAGUUACGAAGUUUGGUUCAAACCAUUUCCUAAUAAGUCAGUUUUAAUGAAGUGUUAAAAGGAGAACUUAAAUAAGGGUAAUUUCUGAUGGAGAAUAAUGGGAAGAAGUGGUUUAAGUUCCCUAAACAUGUUUUAUAUCAGUCCAUGGUUAUUUAAUUGAGCAUUGUUUGGAAUUUUUCUUUUUGCAUUCGUUCCUGGUGUGCUUUUCUCUAUCUAAGGGAUGUUUGGAGGUCUUUUUGAUUGCUUGAAGGUUUUUAAUGUCAGUGCUGGAUUGGGGUGGACAGUCAUUGUAACAUGAUUUAGAGUUGGAUGCAUUUUA